AUGCAGCCGCCACAGUCAAGUAUCCUCUCGGAGCCGCUCGCAGCGACAUCACAGGGUGGCGGACCGAGCUCCCAGCUGGACCGUACUCCAUGUCCACAUCCCACUGGCAAAGUGUAUCAAGCGUAUCGUUUGUACCCCGACAUUCAAGGUGGUGCUUCUACUGAAGGUGUCAAGGCCAAUACUGAUGGGGCGUACCCUCCUCUCAGCGCAGCUCUGGGUGGGGUCCCGAGCCUGGCUAUUGGCGUCCCGCCGAGACCAUACGGUACUACACCUAUUGUGUUUCCUCUAUCCCUAGUCAUGUGCCAGACUCCGCAGCCUCCAGGCGGCCAGGCCCGUCGUCUCGCCCACCGCACCUACGCGAGCUCCGGCCCCCCGAGAUGGAAGGAUCCCGCCUCCCAAUCUUACCGCGCGGCACGAGAUGAGAUGGAUGGGUACCUAGAGCAAGGAAGAAAGCGAGAGAGAGAGAGAGAGAUUGAUGGGCGGAGAGGAAGAAAGGAUGGUAAUUACCCUGCUACCAUCAUCGUUCAACCAGCCGCUCGACAUCAUAUUUUUACAAGCGGUUUUGAUAUCGUUGCCGCCGUUUCCACACCAGCACGUGAAGAGGUUUUGGGCGCUGGCUACGGAGAUGCUGAAUCCAAAGUGCAUGCUGGCAGCGACGGAGCCGCAGGCUGGCGAGAGGGCAAGGCUUUAACUUAUGCACCAGCACCAGCACCUGCACCUGCACCACCUGCACCACCGGCACCACCUGCACCACCGGCACCACCAGCACCACCAGCACCCACUGACACCAAUCUCCCCCUCCUGCAUUUCCCUGCCACUCUCUUUUCUCGACGCUACUCCACCACGCCGCCUUCUCCCGUCGACCAGCCGCGUUUUCCCCCGACCUCUCCGCGGCACUCUCCAGUAUUGCCUUCCGCCCACCCCGACAGCUCCUUCGAUCGACUGCGAGCCGCCCGACGAUUCAGUCGAGAGCGCGGCUACAACCCAAACACCAACCCCAACCCAUCGCUGCGAGACUCCUGCCAGUCGGCGAGUGCCACUCGUGAACGAUUUUCCCUUUCCGCGCCGCCGCAUCGAGACGAGGAGGGCCGGGUCUGGGGGCAAGAGCUGGGCUACUCCAAAUCCCAACGCUCGAACAUCACCACCGGCGCCGACAGCGUUGGAGAGCCGGCCGCCGGAGGAGUCGCUGGCAUCGCAAUGGGCAUGGCAGGUGGAAACUCGAGCGGGAGCGGCUUGGAGGCCAGGAGAGACAUGUCCGGCCACCACGAUCCUCGGAUGGACAUGCACGAUGGCCCAUCCGGAUAUGACGGCGUAUACGAACACUCACCGUACUAUCGACCGCCCCCGCCGCUGGGACAUUCGCAAUCCUCGCUGACCCCCUUGGGCGCUGCUGCCUUCCCCCCCGGAAUCGCUUCUCCCCAGGCCCGCUCCACCAUCUCCCGCUCCGACCACAGCAUCAUUUCGCAACCGUAUCUCGAUAAUCCUAAUCCUUACCAACAACGCUUCUCCCGGAAUAUAGACCCGAGUAUGGGGGAAAUCGAUCCCAGCACCAUCGACGACGAUGGAGAUGAUGGGCUGGAUUACCGGAACAGAUCAAACAUCAGCCUCGGGCACGAUUCGAGUAGGGCAGCUCCAGCAGUGGGUGGAGCGGCUGCGGCUGCUGGGGUCCUCGGCUCUCUAGGUCUAGGCAAGAAGGGUAUGGCGAGUUCAAGCGGCACAGAAUACGAUGCAGUCAAGAAUUCAUACGGCGGAGCGAACAACUUCGACCUCGGACAAGGACUGGAGAAGAGCGCGUGGAUGGCCAAGGACGCCAAGGCAAAGCAGAAGCGGAGGUGCUGGACGUUGGCCGCCAUCAUCGUUGUGGUGGGAUGCGCGAUCAUUGGAGGUAUCGUGGGCGGCAUAUUGGGGAAUCAAAACAACGGUAGGGGUUCCGGUGAAUCAAGUCCCCAACGCAGUGGCGACUCGGCUUCGCAAGACACGGCGAACCACGGGGAUUUGAACAAGGACUCUCCCGAGAUCCAGAAGCUCUUGGGCAACCCGAAUCUUCACAUGGUCUUUCCGGGCAUCGACUACACGCCAAUGAACACGCAGUAUCCAUACUGUCUGCAUGAUCCCGCAUCUCAGAACAACAUCACUCGCGAUGUUGCUGUCAUGUCUCAACUCACCAACCGGAUCCGUCUCUACGGAACCGAUUGCAACCAGACGGAAAUGGUCGUCCACGCAAUCAAUCAGUUGGGAUUGAACGACUCGAUGAAAAUCUGGAUGGGUGUAUGGCAGGACAAGAACGCGACGACCAACGCUCGCCAACUCGCCCAGAUGUAUGACAUUUUUGAUAAGGUUGGGUCAGACCCCUUUGUGGGGAUCAUCGUCGGUAACGAGGUUCUGUAUCGCGAGGACUUGACCUUGACCGAACUUCAAACCCUGCUAUCCGGCGUCAAGAGCAAUCUCACGGCCAAGGGCAUCGACCUUCCGCUGUCCAGCUCUGACCUCGGAGACGACUGGACUCAGGGGCUCGCCGACAUUGUCGAUUACGUAAUGGCGAACAUCCACCCCUUCUUCGCCGGUGUCAAUGCGCAGGUAGCCUCAGGCUGGACAUGGGACUUCUGGCAGAAUCACAACGUGGUUCUCAAGAACGACACGACGAAACAUAUCAUCUCCGAAACAGGCUGGCCCUCGGCAGGCGGCACCAACUGCGGUGGCGCAACUACGUGCGUGAGUGGUAGCGUGGCGGGCGUCACUGAGAUGAACGAAUUCAUGAGCAACUGGGUCUGCCAGGCCCUGGGGAACGGGACGAACUACUUCUGGUUCUCGGCUUUCGACGAGCCGUGGAAGAUCAGUUACAACGAGCCCGGCAAGGAAUGGGAGGACAAGUGGGGCUUGAUGGACGUCAACCGGAAUCUGAAGCCGGGCAUCCAGAUUCCGGAUUGCGGGGGGAGGACCGUCGCGUGA